AUGAAGCGGAAUCGCAUCCAGUUUGAGAGCAAUGGUGAUGCUUCAUCGGCUUCUCCGCAAGAUGGCUUCACCCCGGAGGAUCAUUCGCGGCAGGCACAUGUUCCGAAGAUCUCUCGGCGGAUCCGUGCAUGUACAGAAUGUAAGCGGCACAAAGUUCGCUGCGACAUGAAGACAGGUGAGUCGGAUUGUUCGCGAUGUCGUCGCAUGGGACUAGAUUGUGUUGUCAACAAGAGCCUGCAGACAUUACUGGAGGACGAGGCUGAAUGGAAGAAUGUGAUUGAGCUGGCAAUGACGGACUUGCUUAGGAAGGCUCAACUCCCGGAAUUAUCAUACUACCAAGCCGGUGGUAGAUCGAUCGAGACGCCCUCGAAGAAAAGUCGCCGAAAAGAGUCGACCGUGUCGGUGGAUGAGACCGGGCAUGCGAUAAGACACAAUGGCAGGAAUAUCUCAAUUGAUAAUACUGCUGGUCCAAGCACGGGGUCGAGCUCGUCAAAUUAUGCUUUCUCGCAACACCAGCCACAAUUUUCAAUGGAUCGGGAAGAAACCUCUGCCACUUCGUUGGUGACAGCCCCGAUGGGGAGUCUUUACGAGGUGACACAGCUGAGCGAGAAUCGUGAGGGCUCCCCCGGGCAAAAUUAUGCGCCUGACCAGGCAUUGGCGACCGACUUCAUCUCCCGCGGUGUGGUCGAUCUUCGAGAAGCGGAGGAAUUGUUCUACCAUUUCGAUCAGGUGCUCAACCGCUACCUUUGGGAUGGAGCUUUACUAGCACAUAAGGACUUGACGGCCGCCAGGAAGUCUUCUUCCAUGCUGUCUGCGGCUAUUCUGGCUGUGACGGCGCUCCACCUGCCGUCCAAAGAACGUACAUUUGACACUUGCUAUACCGAGUUUGCCAAACUGGCAUCGGAGUCGAUGUUGGGACAUCAUCAUACUCUGGACGAUAUUCGUGCUCUGUGUAUCGGGGCAUUUUGGCUGGCAGAUGUUAGCUGGAAACUCUCUGGUUAUGCGGUGCGGAUUGCUACGGAGCGCAACUUGCACCAAUUCUAUCGCAAGGCUAUUCAAGGGUCUCCAGAGCACAAGGAACAGGCUCGUCUGUGGUACCUCUUAUAUACGCUCGAGCAUCAUUUCUCUAUCGCAUAUGGCCGACCACCAAUCAUCCACGAGGAUGCCAGUAUCACUCAACAUAACAUUUUCACACAGUCUGCAUCAGUAUCACAAGGCGACCUUCGACUCCACAGUCAAGUUGACCUUUUUAUCAUUCUUACUCGUAUCUAUUUUGCAUUUGGUCCCGACGUUGAUCUCGAAGUACCCGAAACCGAAUUCCCCAAGAUCGACCAAUUUGACAUAGACUUGGGCGAUUGGAAGUCGGCAUGGCUGCCCCGUCUUGCUGGGAGUCGACAUGUUGGUGCAUAUCCUUACAAAGCUGUCUAUAUGCACUAUCAUUUUUCUCGGCUGCAGUUGAAUUCGGUUGCUUUGCGCGCCUACCACUCUUCGACCUCUUCAAAAGCCAUGUCACCGGAGCGCAGGAAGCGCGCCAAUAUUGCCAUUGAGUCAGCUAUUGCUACCCUCAAGGUUGUCUUAGACGAGCGGGAUAUCCAACUGGCUUUGGUUGGUGUUCCGUUGUAUCUCCACAGCAUGAUCACCUUUGCCGCAGUGUUUCUGUUGAAGAUAGCGGCCAAGGUGUGUUCUAAUGGCCCCAAUUCGGGAGGACAGGGCCAAAAUAGUUCAAUUGCCUCGGCCGGAUUGCACGUUGACAUCGGUUAUGUGCGGGUCUUGGUCGGACGUAUUGUAGAGAUGAUGGUCUCCUGCAGCCAGAGGGCUAGUGAGCGUCAUCUGAGCCACCACAUUGCCCGUGGCCUACGGAAGAUGCUCACUGGACUGGAAGAGUGGGAGAAGCGUAACUGUGGCCAGAAAUCUUUGGGACCAAACCCACAGGAGACGUCGCUCUUCAAGCCAGUCAUUAUUCCAGGCGCCCAAAUUUUAGGUGAACGCGACACCAUACUGAAUCACCCCCCGCCGCUGCUGGGAGUGGCGCCUCUGUCUGCCGAGCGGAGCAACGGGUUCGAGCCGUUAACGAGCAAGCCUGAAUCUGGUCUGUCAGAAGGAUCAAUAGAUCCUAUGAUGGCAGAUCUUUGGGGGUUUGACGAAGACUACUUCCCUACCGGAGUGUUUGAUUUCCUCCAGAGCCAGAUGCCGGCGUAA